AUGCUAGGGGGCGCGAGAAGUACUCGAGAUGGAGUCGCGAGAUCGUACGAUGGGUGUCCAGCGGUUGGAGAUGCCCUGCCUCUCGUCAGUUUGCUCACCCCCCCCCCCCCUUUAUAUCCACGUGGAUAUCUCGUGAGGGGGCUCUGCAAUUUCUUCUCCCGUUUCUGCCGUCAAUCCAGAUGCGGGGUGGCUUCCGUCAUUCUGCAGCCACACGUGUGUUGGGAAGGCUUAUCUCGAACGCUUGUUUUUUUCUUGCUAUUGUUCAUUCGUUGGGGGUCAACCCUGAGAGCGUGGCGAGCUCCCGCACUUUGUGUCCAUGACGCUACGGGUACAGCUUCAUUGUCUAGCGAGCGUGCGACCUGGUGCGAGUUAGUCGGCAUCUCGGUUCAUUAG